GAAACAAUCCGUCAGAGGAAAAACAUUCAGUUCAGAGUGAUGCAACUGUGGAUUCACCAUCUGAACCAACAAUGACCAGUGUGAUUGGAUCGAUCUCUCUUAAUAUUGCCGCAUCUGUUGGUACGAUCUUUAUCAACAAGCACUUGUUCCAAAAUCUAGGCUUUGUUGGUUUGGGAACAACUCUCACAGUGUUCCACUUUGUAUUUUGCUUCGGAUUCACUGCAGUUGCAGCCAUGUUGGGUAUUUUCCAACCAAAGAGACUUCCAAUUAUUAAGAUUUUACCAAUCAGUUUGGCUUUCUGUGGUUAUGUUGUUUUCAAUAAUAUUAGUUUGGCCUAUAAUAGUGUCUCCUUCUAUCAGGUUAUGAAAAUUAUGUGUACUCCUACAAUUAUUGCCAUUGAAUAUUUCUUCUAUAGAAAAUCACAAGAUAAGAGAAUUUUGUACACUCUCAUUCCUGUUUGUUUAGGUACUUUUAUCACAGUUUUCACAGAUAUGGAAAUGAAUUACUACGGAACAUUCAUGGCAAUUCUUGCUGUCGUCUCUAAUUCCUUGUACACAAUUUAUGGUACUGAAAAGCAAAAGGAAUUGAAGGCAAACUCUCUCCAAGUUUUACUCUAUCAAAGUAUUACUAGUGCUGUAAUGUUGGCCUUUACAAUUCCAUUCUUUGAUGAUACUGAAGUUAUUUCUGAAUAUGAUUGGGGAAAUGGAAAUAAUCUUUUUUGGAUUAUUUCUAGUUGUAUCACUGCUUUCUUUGUUAAUUUCAGUUUCUUCCUUGUUGCUGGUAAGACUUCUCCACUCUCUGUCAACGUUGUUGGUUAUUUCAAGACAGUCUUGGUCUUUGUUGGUGGUAUUAUUUUGUUCACAUCUGCCAUCUCAGCCAAGAACUUGCUUGGUGUCUUUUUGACACUUGUUGGUGUUGCUUGGUACAGUUAUGUUAAAUACAAGAUGAGCUUGGAAAGCAAUCCUGUUCUUCCAACAACUAACAAGAAUUAAUUUCUUAAUUCAUAAUCUAAAGAAAUAGAUCAAUAAACCUCACUGCUCUG